AUGGCGUACAACCGUCCCUCCAACGACGAUGCUCUGCCCAGAUUUGCUGAGCCCGACGCACCCUCGCAACCCCCGCCGCAACAGCGACCACCUCCACAGCAGCAAUAUCAGCAGCAACCUCAACAGCAGUACCACCAGCCGCCGCAGCAGCAGCAGGCCCGAUACGACCAAGUGACGUCGCCCACUCACCGCGAUGCCCGCUCUCCCUCCACCGGCCAGCCGGCGUAUGGCUACGGCCACAUGUCGCCGCCGCCGGUCCAAAGCGGCGGAAGACCCCCGGCGCAUUAUAACCGUCCCGCGGCGACCUCCCGCCCGCCACCCACGCCAGCCCCGGAUGCAUCUGGCUCCGAUGCCUCGCUUCUGCCUCUGUUCCGGGCUGUAGACAAGGAUGGAACCGGUCAUCUUUCAGAGCGCGAGCUCUCUGCCGCCCUCGUCAACGGCGACUGGACUUCCUUCGACCCCCACACCGUCCGCAUGAUGAUUCGCAUGUUCGACUCGGAUCGCAGUGGCACUAUCGGCUUCGAAGAGUUCUGCGGCCUAUGGUCCUUUCUCGCCUCCUGGCGCACCCUCUUCGACCGCUUCGAUGCUGACCGCAGCGGCAACAUCUCACUCCCCGAGUUUAACAACGCCCUCGUAGCUUUCCGCUACCGCCUUAGCCCUCAGUUUACCGAGCUUCUCUUCCACACCUACGAUAAGCGCAACGAGGGCGUCAUGAGCUUUGACCUCUUUGUCCAGAGCUGCAUCUCCCUGAAGCGCAUGACCGAUGUCUUCAAGAAGUACGACGACGACCGUGACGGCUACAUCACUCUGAGCUUCGAGGACUUUUUGACCGAGAUUCUCAAGCAGCUCAAGUAG